UUACGUAUUGUGGCUUAUAUGUUUUUCAACUAAGGGUAUUCAACAACAAUCAUUAUGAGGUCACUUAUAUUAACCGGGUCCAGUUUCGCUUUAACAACUGCUGUUGUUGUAAAUGCUUUCAUUCAAAAGAAACAGUUCUUCCCAGCCGUUGUUUAUUUAACAACAAAAUCCAGCCCAUGCAUUGCUAUUCUAUAUCUGCAAGCAUUUGUCCUUGUUCUGUUGUUUGGAAAACUAAUGAGGAAAGUUUUCUUUGGCCAACUACGACCUGCUGAGACGGAGCAUUUGAUUGAACGCUCGUGGUACGCAGUGACGGACACUUGUCUUGCAUUCACGAUGUUUCGCGACGAUUUCAGCCCAAUUUUUGUGGCUUCGUUCACUUUGUUGUUGUUUCUUAAAUGUUUCCACUGGUUACUUGAAGACCGGGUUGAUUACAUGGAGAGAAGUCCCGUGAUCACAUUCAUAUUCAAACUACGUGUCCUAUCCUUGCUUGCCAUCUUACUUGCAUGUGAUUUAAUAUUUGUUAACAUGUCAUACAAAUCAACCAUGGAAAAAGGUGCUUCAGUUCAACUUGUGUUCGGGUUCGAAUACGCUGUUUUAGCUACAGUUGUAUUCACAGUAUUCUUAAAGUAUAUUUUACACAGUAUUGACCUUAUGAGUGACAAUCCAUGGGAAAACAAAGCUGUAUACAUGCUUCAUAUUGAACUAGUCACAGGGUUUGUGAGGGUAGUACUUUAUAUUUGUUUCACCAUCAUAAUGGUAAAAGUUCAUACUUUCCCACUGUUUUCCGUUCGCCCGAUGUACCUUACGAUGCGACAAUUCAAGAAAGCGCUAUCGGACAUCGUUCUAUCACGACGUGCAAUACGAAAUAUGAACACACUGUACCCUGAUGCUACAGCAGAAGAUCUCGCCACCACAGACAGCACUUGCAUCAUAUGUAGGGAAGAGAUGCACGCUGCAAACCCUGAAGACCAACCUCCAGGCUCCCCACCCCCCGUAGCGAACAAGAAACUUCCCUGCAGCCACAUCUUCCACGCCUCGUGCCUCAGAUCUUGGUUCCAACGCCAACAAACCUGCCCCACUUGCCGGCUGGAUGUUCUACAAACCCAACAACGAGCCCCAACCCCUCCAGCACCCCCGAACCCUCCACAAAUGGGAGGUCCUCCAGCAGGCCCGGGUUUUGCUCCUCCAUUUUGCUCUCCGCCCAAUGUUCCCCCCACCCCAAGCGAUGUGGGGAGGGGCCCCACCACCCCCCAUACCCCCCAACCUACAGGGGCCGACCCACAAGCCCCCCCUACCCAACCCUCAACAUCAAACCAAGCCCCAGGUGCCCCACUUUACAUGCCCCCUAACCCCAUGUUCAUGCCCCCCAUGAUGCCCCCACCACCCCCACCCCCCUUUAACUUAACAGGCAUGAGCGACGACCAGGUCCGAAUUAUGGAAGGACAAGAACGUCGCGCUGUCGAAGCUAGAAUCGAAUGCUUGCGUAAUAUUAAACUUCUGUUAGACGCAGCUAUGAUGCAAAUGUCUCAAUACACAACAGUAAUGCAAUCGCAGGGUGAUUCCUUUGUUAUCCCACCAAUGCCUGACCUUACUGAAAAUACUCCACCUGUCAAUCAAGAAACCACUGAAGCUGAACCAACCCACGAGGACACAGAUGCGCUCUCUAAUGGGGAGAUUGUAGAGGAAGUCGAAAUUCCAACAAACAAUGACGACGAUGAAGAUUUUGAUUCGAACCCGGCUGAUGCGACGGAACUUCGCAGACGAAGGCUCGCCAAACUAGAAUCGAAGACAAGCGAGAACAAUGAGGAAGACAAUAAUGAAUAAAGUGAUGUCAUAAUGGGGGUUGUGCUUUCACAAACAAACAUUGAUGAUGUCAUAAUUAGGGGUUUAUAGUAGCAUAGUUGGUAACUGGAUAUUAUAUUGAAUAUAAUAUGUAAUAUUAUAGCAUUUUCCAUGAUGUAUAUUCAUAUUGCAAUAUUAUACAAAUAUUGAUAUCUUUAAAGCUCAAUUUUCAGGGUAAUGGGCCAACUGUGGCUUAAAUCCUAAGUCCCUGACAUGCCUCACCGAUAUAGGAUAAAACAAGUUAAAUAUAUUCAACAAUGAAUUAAUAAGCCAGCUUGUUAUAUAGAAUGCAUAUACUUCUAUAAUAUUUGCAAUCAUUUAAAUAUCAUGCUGUGUGAUUUGUCAUUUCUGUUUUGCCAGAAUCGCACCUUACAAGUAUUCCAUGAUAGACAGCAAAUUUAUAACAAAAGUUCCAACUUUAAAACCGGUUCCUCCCGAAAUUAUUAUUAACGUUAAAGCAUGGUGAUCAGAAUUUGUUUUAAAUUGCAAAACUAUUAUGUUAAUACUUGCAAGACACUUGGUGGCGUGCUUGUUUAGAAACUGGUUAAGGUUGUUACAGAGAGCGCAUAGAAAUAAUAUAUAAUGUUUUAGA